AUGGUAGCAACGGUUAACCAAAUGUCUUUCAUUGUGUUAGCCUUUGGCGUCGUAUCAUUCCUUUUAGGGGUUAUUGGAGAAAACAAGAAGCCUGUAGCUGGAAAACCAGUACCUAAUGGUGAUGGUGUUUCCGUUACGUGCCAGUAUCCAUCUGAUCCAACGGUUGUAUUGGGGUUUCUUUCUGCGGCAUUUCUUAUCGCAUCCACCCUGGUUGGGUAUCUCUCUCUAUUUUACCCUUACAAUGGAAAGCUUGUUCCACAAGGAACUUUAUUAAAACACACUUCUUUUACGGUAUUCUUCAACAUCGCAUUGUUUACUGCUGGAUUAGCUGCAAUGUUCAUAUUAUGGCCAACAAUCACCGAAUAUAUGCACUUGACUCGCAAUGUGCAUCGUGAUGUUAACUACGAAUGUCCUACGGCUAAAACGGGUCUCCUUGGAGGUGGUGCGUUUUUGUCUCUUGAUUCGUCUCUUUUUUGGUUGGUUGCACUUAUGCUUGCGGGUAAUGCUCGGGAGGAUUAUUUUGAACAAGAAGGAAACAAAAGGGAAUCUAAUGAUGAAAUUGAUGUAAGCGCUUGA